CCUCCGGUACCUCCAACUGACAGCGGCAGGAACCGUCAGACCACGGAGACACAAGCUAACGUUAAACCUGCGGAGUCACACCAAAACCUCGCCAAAAUGGAGUGGACCCCGAUGGAGAUCAACCCCGAGAUGCUGAACAUGCUGAUGAAAUCGCUUGGCGUGGGUGAAAGCUGGCGCUUUGUUGAUGUGGUGGGGCUGGAGGAUGAGCAGCUCGCCGCCGUCCCGAAACCAUGCUGUGCCUUGAUGCUGCUCUUCCCACUGACACAACAGCACGAGUCUUUCAGACAGCAGCAGGCAGACAAGGUUGCAGGAGACUCUGAGGUUUAUUUCCUGAAGCAGACGGCAAGCAAUUCCUGUGGCACCAUCGCCCUGCUGCAUUCUGUGGCCAACAACAAAAGCAAGCCGACAUUUGCUAGUGGCUCUGUCCUGAAGAAGUUUCUUGAUGACACUGCAAACAUGUCUGCUGAUGAACGUGCCAAACAUCUGGAGAAGAACCAGGCAAUCCGUGAUGCUCACAAUGAUGUUGCAUCGCAGGGCCAGUGUAGGCCAGAAGCUGACAAGGUCAACUUCCACUUUAUUGCCUUUGUCAAUGUAAACGGACAACUGUAUGAAUUUGAUGGGAGAAUGAAUGGACCAGUGAAGCAUGGACCUACCAAAGAUGGGUCCUUCAUAACGGACGCAGCCAAAGUGUGCCGUGGAUUCAUGGAAAGAGAGCAAGGCGAGGUCCGUUUCUCUUCCGUGGCUCUUUGUCACAGUUAGAUAUUCGAUAGGACAACACCACCAAAUUGUAAACCAAAAUGUCCUGAAGUGUUCACAUGGCAAACACAAUCAGCAGCCCCCCCCCUCCCACACUCCAUUACGACCUGUGGACAACACAUACAUCUGCAGACACUAUGCACUAUGAAGCACAUCUUGUUUCCACACGUUGUACUUUCAUCUCAUGAACAAAGCUUUCUUUAGCACAUGUACACACAAACACACCAUCCAAACAUGUUUCUGCUCAAAAUAACUGAUACAAGCUUGUCCAAACCUUUUUUUAUGUGAGCUUUCAUUCAGCAGUGAAAAUUGUAAAACAUGAGGUCAGAUCUCACCGCCGCUUUUGUGUGCAUGUGUGUAUUUGUCUUUUUGCUACUAUUUAUUUUUUUUGUGUGUAAUCAUUACUGCAUCAGUUUUCAAACUCAAAAGACUGAUGCUUGAAUACCGUUUGUGCCAAUAAUGACAGUAAAUAAGAGCGAGAAGGAAAAAGCAGGUUGCCCAUUUCUCUGAAUGCCUUCAGUUGUGGUUGAGUUUAUAAGGAUCUGACAUUCCUCAGAGCAGCCCAAAUGUAUCCGUAGGAAUAAUUUCACCAUUGUUCGGAGCAUGCACGCAACCUUUUGAGUAGUGUUCUUGGGUGUCACUGACAUUUCUCUGGUAAAAAAACAAACUGAGGUUUGAAUUUAAAGUGCAAAAUUAUAGUGAUGUAUUACAGUCAUUUUCUUUGUCUAGUUUACCUAUGUUUAAACAAACAAUUCAGUUGUGUUUGCACUCUUAUUUGAAAAUGGCUCUUCAGUUAACAAUCCACAAAUAGUCAAAUACAUGAUCAGUGUGUGCAAGUUUAACUCAAAAAGCUCCAAACACGAUAGGGAACCAUCAAAGUUAAAGUGCUACUCUUUGUUGAGUUGUUGUCGUGCAGUGCAGGCUGAUAGUACUGUAUGUCUAGGCUGUGCACCAAUUGUUUACCCUUCUGCACUUUCUAAAUAUGUUGCUGUAGUUCUACUGGUGAUGCAGCCGUGGGAAUUCAAUAAACCAUUAAACUUG